AUCAUCCACGACACCGCCCUUCCCACUCCUGCGACGUCCCUCCUCAAUUGCACUCGCUGCUCUUUUUGGCAGUACAUUUUCGAUACCCUCAUCCGUUCUACUUCGUUUUAAUCAGUACUUAGCUCGAGAUGGCUCCAGCCACAGCCGAGAGCGCGUCGCCGAUUGGCAUUGCCAACCUGCCCAACCAGCGGCAUAAGAUUGUGGCUAAGAGGGGGGCCGCAUUCACGAUCAUGGUUGCUGGCGAGUCCGGGCUGGGCAAGACCACCUUCAUCAACACGCUCUUCUCCACCACCAUCAAGAACUACGCCGACCACAAGCGCCGGCACCAGAAGCAGAUCGACAAGACGGUGGAGAUUGAGAUUACCAAGGCUGAGCUAGAGGAGAAGUUUUUCAAGGUUCGCCUGACUGUUAUCGACACCCCCGGCUUCGGCGACUAUGUCAACAACCGCGACUCGUGGAUGCCCAUCAUCGAGUUCCUCGACGACCAGCAUGAGUCGUACAUGCUUCAGGAGCAGCAGCCGCGCCGCCAGGACAAGAUCGACCUUCGUGUGCACGCCUGCCUGUACUUCAUCCGCCCCACCGGUCAUACCCUGAAGCCCCUCGACAUUGAGGUCAUGAAGCGUCUGUGCUCGCGUGUGAACCUCAUCCCAGUGAUUGCCAAGGCCGACACCCUCAGCCCCGCGGACCUGGCCAAGUUCAAGUCGAGGAUCCGUGCCGUUAUCGAGGCGCAGAACAUUAAGAUUUAUCAGCCCCCGAUUGAGGAGGAUGACGAGGCUGCCGCCCAGCACGCCCGCAGUCUGAUGGCCGCCAUGCCUUUCGCCGUCAUUGGCUCGGAGAAGGAUGUCAAGACAAACGACGGACGCAUCGUCAAGGGCCGGCAAUACUCGUGGGGUGUGGCCGAGGUUGAGAACGAGGAUCACUGCGACUUCAAGAAGCUGAGGUCGAUCCUGAUCCGCACCCACAUGCUGGACCUGAUCCACACGACCGAGGAGCUCCAUUAUGAGGCGUACCGCGCGCAGCAGAUGGAGACGCGCAAGUUCGGCGAGGCGCGCCCCAGAAAGCUCGACAACCCCAAGUUCAAGGAGGAGGAGGAAGCGCUGCGCAAGCGCUUCACGGAGCAGGUCAAGAUCGAGGAGCAGCGUUUCCGGCAAUGGGAGCAGAAACUUAUUGCCGAGCGCGACCGACUCAACAAGGACCUCGAGCAGACGCACGCCCAGAUCAAGCAGCUCGAGUCGGAGCUGGAGCAGCUCCAAGGCAGCGCUGUUCGCAGCCACGGACGUCGCUAGGGUCACAACACCGUGGCUCCAAGAUAUCGACGUGCCGCGGCUUAGGCCUCGUCAUUAUCCGAGUCUCCCCAGCCAUUUUCUGUUCAGUCCACCAAGGGUCUGGCAUCGGGAUGUAAAUCUGAGAGCUGUGGCUUAUUGUGGAGCAAACAGAAGAGGUUAACACACGGUGUUGUGGGCCUUGGUCGUUUUCUUUUUGUGGCUUAUUCUCUUUAUACUACCCUCUCACGUUAUUCGUUAAUCAAACGGGAAAAGGUGUGCAGAUUCUCUGGGGUUAGAGGAACCUGGAACUAGGACCCAGGCCUUCAGGUUGUCGUCCUCGACGGACUCAGCCUUCCUCUAGCCGGGGCGUUUUCCGGGACCUC